ACUAGAUUUGAUGAUGUUGAAGUUCUUGAUUUAAUUUCUUCGGGGAUUAAAUUGAAUUCUCGAAUUUUUGUCUUCCUUUUUCAAAGUUUUAUCUUGCUCGUAUCAUCAAUUUCGUGAUUUAUUGGAUAUCCUCUUUACCCUGUGUGUCUAAUUUGUCGAAUUAUGUGAUGGGCAUUUUUUCAAAUAUUGUAUGAUAGUAAUAAUUUUUCUAUUGUGUUGUUCAGACGAGGCUUGAAAUUCUAGGGUGAAUUUUGGGUGUUGUUUCUUCGAGCUGUGGCUGCAGCAAGUGGAAGAUAGUUGUAAUUUCAUUGCCCUGCCGUUCUGUAUUGGGAAAAAGUUACUGCCUUUAGAUUUGUCUUUUUAAUUUUUUUUCACGAGUCUUUUAAUUUAAUGUUCUCACUAGAUUAAUUUUGGUAGAGUUUGGAACUUGUCUUGUCAAUGCUUUCAUCGCUUGUAUGGUUUUAGGAAUUAUGCUAGAUGCUUGAUGAUCAUGAAGGUGCAAUGUUAGGUUAUUUUUAUGGUAGUUUUCGGUUAACGUUUGCUACUUAGCUAUGCCCUGUUCCAUCAGUCUUGGAGACGAUCAAAAGAUAGGAUUUUAUACCUGGUCUUCAGGCUUAUGUAUUGAAGGCAAAUCCUGUUGAAAAACAAUCUUUGGGGCAUCAUGUUAAACUCUCUAAAACUGUCUCAUCAGAUCUGAUUAUGCGGUGUGGAAGUGGUGCUCAAUUUGCCAUAUUCGAUGCUUGAUAAAAUAUAGUGUCUAUAGCAUUAUUCCGACAAUUGUCUCCUUUGUCCCAGAAACAAUGAACCACCAAUAUGGUGAAGACCAAGAUCGAGUGAGUGUAGCUGGAUUUGAUAUCCCCAACUCUCCUGAAGCAAGUUACAACAACGUGUAUCCUGGAAACGAAGACGAGGGGCGAGAACCACCUGCCCUACCUCCCCAUCUGCAGCAUACUUUGUUGAAUCAACCUACGACAAGUGAUCCUUGUGCACCCCUCCCAUCACCACAGAAUGUUACACUAAAUCAUCUUUACAUAGAGAAUCGAGAACCUCCUCGUACAGUAGUUGCACUUGGGGUCACUCAUCGUUUUCGUUCAAAAUUUGUCACUGUUGUGCUCUACAAACCUGUUCCAAGAAGAUGAAGAUAAAGCAGCAGCAAGAGGUGAUUUUCUUGAUCACGAACCUCAUCAUCUUCUUUGGCUUUUCUUUCAUUUGUAUCCUUGUUUGAGCAGUGGUAGUAGGACUUAGCAAAACUUGAUUUAUUUAACAUUGAAAUGUAUGUUUCAUCAGGUUGCUGUGGUGAAAAUUUCUGUGUUAUUUAGAUAUUACAUGUGAAGUAUAUAAAUAAAUACAGUAUUUGAAAUA